AUCGCCCGCGCGCCUCUGCUGCGACAGAAUUCCACUCAAUUUCAUGACAGAGUGGAAGCCAACAACGGUGAAAUGUCAAAACAAAUGCCGCGCGCCAGAAAAUAAUUGGUUUUCAGACCGGCUGUCGAUUUUGCAUUGUGCGUUAAAAUUGUCGAAUGAUAUAUUUGUAUAGUUUUAUCUAAAAAGUUAAAAAAUCAUCCUCCCUGCAAGCUGAGGUAACCAGAGGAGACUGACACCUUAAAUUUAACAAGAAAACAUUUAAAAUUUUGCGCACGCAAAAACGUUUUUAGUCAAUUGUGAGAAAAUUAUUUAAAAUAGAUAUCGCCUGGUGACAAUUUAUUGGGACCGCUAUGAGUUCAGAUGUGAAGUAUCGUCAUUCGUAUGGGGAUGGAGUCGAAGAGCAAAGUGAAGGGGUUUAUGAUAGCGUUCGCGAUCCAGAGGAUUCCACGGGCGGUACCCCGGAACGAAAAAAGAGUGAAGUGAGCGUGCGAAAGACCCGCAGUCAGGAGGCUGUGAAGACCUUGCUUGCUUCGUUUGGUGAGGAUGUGGAUCGCUGCAGUGACGAAUUUGCCCGUCAAGAAGUCAGAUUCAAGGACUUGUCCGCAUUGAGUGAGAUAGACUUGGCGAUGUUAGGGGUCAACGAUCCUGGGACACAAUCGGCUAUGCUGGAGACGUUUCAGGAACUUCCCAAUCAGGAGAUGGAUUACGAAAGGCUCUGUGCGACGACGGAAGCCCAAGAAUAUAAUGAACAGAUCCUAGGGCGCUCCCAAUGCCAUCUUAAUUCAAUGAAUACUUCAUUAUCAGCGGCGUAUCUCAAAAUGCUCGUGAAUCCGUCCAAUGAUGUUAUUGUAGACGAUAGUAUAUUUGCAAGUCGCUUUGUCCUUGAGGCCCUCGACGAACUGAAGAAAACGACCGAAGAUAUGGAAGAUCGACUUCGUGCUCUUGAGCAGAUAGCAGUCCGAAACGCCAAGAUAAAUCUAUCAAAUCGAGCUGGAAGAAAUUUCUACAAGACUCUAGUUGUCAUAGGUGGCAUUUGUACAGGUGUAUCCAUAGCCUUUUGGUUCUGGAAGGGUCGUUGAACAAUUUAUAUUGCAUACAGCAUUUUUGAGCUUUGCAACUUUAGAUAGAGAAAUAUCUUGUUACUAGACAUAAAUUCCAAGCAUUUAAAGGCAGAAUCUAGAGGAUUUUGCAGGAUUUCAAAGUACAAGGGAAGUUGCUGUGAUAAUCGAACAGACGAAAAACAUUUAAUGUUUAAGUGAGAAACUUUUCAUUUGUUGUGUAAAAUACCAAGAGAUAAUAAUUUGAAAAUAUCACAAUUGUAGAAUGAAGUAUUUUGAAUUACAUUUAUUUUAAUUUUCUUUUGUAUUUUUUGGAAGAUUUUAUGUUAGUCAUUUUUGUAUGUUGAAUUCUAAGAUUUAUGCUUUACUUUCCAUUAGGACUUUUCGAUUUCGUUAUUUUAGAAUUUUGUAAAAAUUGCAAAUAGGAAUUUACACUAUUUUAAAAGUAGCAUCAAUAAAUAUGGUCCAAGGGGUCAACUGCGCCCAUUUGUA